CUCUCUCUCUCUCUCUCUCUCUCUCUCUCUCUCUCUCUUCUCUCUCUCUCUCUCUCUUCUCUCUCUCUUCUCUUACCGUACGAAUAGCAGCACCACACGAAUGCACAGUCCACCUUCCGUGCAAGCUUCCAUCUGCGCCGGGAACGACGAGGCGAGGAAAUGACGACAACGACGGACAACCGGGAGCUUGGCGGCGCUAAGCAACAGAAGGCGCCACCGACGACGGAAGCUCAACAGAGUGCGUCGCUGGGAGACAACCGCGGCAGUCGCCGCAGCGCUGGCACUGUGCUGGCCCUCGCCGCCUUCACCAUCUGCUACCUGUGCCUCUCCCGCUACGCGACCACGCGUGACCGCAUCGUUUCGAGGACGCCGACACCCAGGCUGGCGCCACCGCUGCGCAAGCUGAUGAACAGCUCGCGCGACGUCGGCGCGGAGGAGCCGGGCAGGCGCAAGCUGGUGCUGCUCUGGACGCACAUGUACAGAGCGAGCAACUUUAGCGGGUGCGCAGUGAGCGCGUGCGACGUGACGUCGGAUCGGACGCGCCUCAAGGAGAGCGACGCGGUGAUGUUCACGAUGGCGCUGUACAGAGCUCACAAGCACGGUGUGCCCGAGUACAGGCGGCCCGACCAGCGCUGGGUGUUUGUCACGUACGAAGCGCCGCCCGUCGUACGCUGGAUUUACAAAAAGCUGGACGCCUUCAACGGCUGGUUCAACUGGACGAUGAGUUACCGACGCGACUCGGAUAUCUUUUUCCAGGUCGGCAACGUCGCGCGUCGACGGACGCCUUACGACACGGCGGCCAGCAUCGACUACGCAGCACGCAAGACGAAGCUCGCCACCUGGUGGAUGUCGCACUGCCCGACGGACGACAGGCGGGAGUACCUUGUGAAACAUAUCAAGCGCUAUAUACCCGUGGAUGUAUUCGGUCGCACUGAUAACUGCGGUCAGACGGUCUGCCACGACUGCGACUGGUCGGCCAUGUUGCGUGACACCUACUACUUCUACUUCGCCUUCGAGAACAGCAUCUGUAAGGACUAUGUCACCGAGAAAUUCUUCCGCUCGCUGGCCAAUGAUGUGGUGCCGGUGGUACUAGGUGGCGCCAAAUACACUGACACAGCUCCGCCUCAUUCCUACAUCGACGUUCGAGAUUUUCGCUCCGUCAAGGAGCUUACCAACUACCUCCAGCUAGUCGCUGGCAACAGCACCCUUUACAAUGCCUACUUUGCCUGGAAGCGGGACUAUGUUAUUGACACUUCAGCUGCGGUAUAUCAGAACAGGUGGUGUCAACUAUGCGAGAAACUGCACGCGCCCGCCUCACAACCUCAAUCGUACGAUAUACAGCGCUGGUUCACCGACGACUCUAAGUGCUUGCGUUAUGACGAGACGUCUACAGAGGAGAUGAAAUUCAUCAAAUCCACAUUGAAGCGGCCAUAUCAACGGGUGCGAGUUUCUGACUAAAUUUACUUGCCUGGCCACUUUCAAGCUUUCAGACUGAGCUCAGCGUGUGCGCUCACGUGCGCGCGCGUGUGUCUAUCUGUCUAUUCAUCUGCUUGGCUAGUCGCGUGUAUAACCGGUUAUUAUACAUUUAUUUAUAUGUAUAAAUAAACAGGGGUAGAAAUAAGGAGAAAAAAGAGAUGG